UACCCCGCCAACCUUGGUCCGGACACAUUGCUACCAGAAGCCGGGAAGAGAGGGCAGCCUUUGAAGUGAGGGCAGCGCUGCGGCUUCAGACGCGCAAUGCGCAGGCGUGCUCGCAGAAUGCGCAGGCGCCGCCUAGAAGUGACUUCUCCAAAAAGUGUCUUAGUUCCCGGUCACCUGAGCACCCAGGACGCGUUCACGGGAGCCUCGCAGAGCCACGCCCGCCACAGGUCGUGCUUGGAGACCCGGUCUUUCUCCUCCCGCCGCUGCGUGCCUCCCCCGGGAUCUGUCCUUCUACCCGUCCUAUCCCCAGAACCGGGCCGGACCGAACCGGGCCGAGCUGGGCCGCCCGGACGCGGCCGCUGACCAUGGCGUCCCUCUUCAAGAAGAAGACCGUGGACGAUGUCAUAAAGGAGCAGAAUCGAGAGCUGCGGGGCACACAGAGGGCCAUAAUCAGGGACCGAGCAGCCUUAGAGAAACAGGAGAAACAGCUGGAGUUAGAAAUUAAGAAGAUGGCCAAGAUUGGGAAUAAAGAAGCUUGCAGGGUUUUAGCUAAGCAGCUUGUCCAUCUACGGAAACAGAAGACAAGAACAUUUGCUGUGAGCUCAAAAGUCACAUCUAUGUCCACACAAACGAAAGUGAUGAAUUCCCAGAUGAAGAUGGCCGGUGCCAUGUCUACCACUGCAAAGACGAUGCAAGCAGUGAACAAGAAAAUGGAUCCACAGAAGACACUACAAACAAUGCAGAAUUUCCAGAAGGAAAACAUGAAAAUGGAAAUGACUGAAGAAAUGAUCAACGACACCCUGGAUGACAUCUUUGAUGGCUCUGAUGAUGAAGAGGAAAGCCAGGACAUCGUGAAUCAAGUUCUUGAUGAAAUCGGAAUUGAAAUCUCUGGAAAGAUGGCCAAAGCCCCAUCGGCUGCGAGAAGUUUGCCAUCUGCUUCUACUUCAAAGGCUACAAUUUCUGAUGAAGAGAUUGAACGGCAGCUCAAAGCUUUGGGGGUAGAUUAGAACAAAAAGCCAUACGUACUGUUCUCGCUUUGGCCUAAAGUGAGUCCGGUGUAGAUUCUUUUUACAAAAUGCAUUCAUUUUACAAAAAUGAAGACCAUGAGUGAACAGCUAUUUUCUGACCCAUGGCUAUUCUGAAUCCUUUGCCAAAGAAUGCCAGUGAUGCAAAACACAGGGACAGUUUGGGCUUUAACCAGAGUCACUGCAGCCUGAGACCUGUGCAAGCUGAGUUCUUUUCUGCAUGGCAUAGGGAGAUGGUGUCACUACUUAGUGUCGGGUUGUGUUCUAAAUUGUUUUACACUGAAAUCAGAAUUCAUGUUAAAUGCCAUUAGGCAUCAACUUAAAGAGACUUGUAAAAAUAUUAAAGGUAUACCGUUAA